AUGUGUUUCUUGGUGCCAGGCUGUGAUGCACAAAGAGCUGCGUCAGCCCAGAAGAGCAGGGCCCUCCUUAGUCUUAUUAACCAUGGGAUCCGCAGCACCAAGCAAGAACUAGGCUUUAAAAACAGACAUUGGGUGAGAAGUGAAGUCCGCAUAAGGGGCGGGCUGAUAAAGAAGACAGAGGGUGAAGAAGAGGUCAUGCCAGGAUGGUCAAAGGAAAGAAACUGUUGUCCUGGUGCCCCUGACCUAACAACUGAGAAUGCUGGAAGGGUUCUCAACACAGCUUCUCAACAGCAAUCCCAUCCCGGCUGGGCAGGCAGCAUCCAGGCCAGACAGGCAGCACCCGGGAGGUGCGGUUCUAGCGUCUCCGGCUACCUGUGGGUUUUUAGACGACCCGAAAUGAAGUACUUCUUAAAACCGAUCAGCGUUUUUCUUACUUAUCUGGUCUGGGUCUUCGGCUUAACCCUGGCCCGCAGCAGAUCCUGGCGCGUGUGGGAGUUUGACAGCGACAUCAUUUCCGUCGUGUUCAUUGGACUCUGGGAAGCUUUCUACCGGCAAAAAUUUAACGUGUCUGGCGUAAUGGUUGAGUUACCGAUAUACAGCGUGAUCAACUCGAGCUGGGUCGUUUCUAACGAAGUCUCGUAUGGCCAGGGCCUGAUGCUGCUGGCGAAUUUUACGAUGUCGGUGGCCCUGAUUUUUAGCUCGGUGGCGCUUCUCGUCAGCAGGGUCAAGGCCCCGUACCCCGAUUUCCUCCGACUGUGCUACAGGGCGUCGGCCCUGUUGCUCUUCUUCAGCUGCGCUUGUGCCACAAUCACAGUGAGCUGGAAUUUCACCGUGGACUUUUACGGCCAAACCACCCUCGACUUUCCAAUUACCUUUCCUCUUGAAAGAGAACUGGUAACAAAAAAACAUCUCUCCUAUGUAUUCCCCCUAGGAAUCACAACUUCCAUCCUUUUGCUGGUAACUGCCCUCCUGUUCUCCUGUGAAAGGUGUUCAAUAAAACCACCGAAACGGACCAAGAAAAAGGAAGAGGCAGGGAAGAGGAAGGGGAGGAGGAAGAGGAAAAGCAAAAAGAAAGAAAAGAGAAAAGAA